CGAGAGGUUGGGGGCAGACGACGGAGGCUGUGCGGCGCCGCGGGCGGGAUGGAGGCGGCGGUCGCAGAUGGGCUUCUGCAAGAAGGCGUCUACGCCCGGCCAGCAGCGGGAGCCCCGAGGAGACGGCACGUCGAGAACAUAACUGUGCAGAAUCCACCAAAGGAGACUAUGUGAGGAGACCCAGCUCCCAUUUGGGGUGACUUCUGGCCAAACUUCUGUCCCGCACACCUGCCCCUCCUCCUGGCACCUCUCCGGCACCCGCCAUCCUGACCUCACUGCCCAGUGAGCACCUCCUGCCUGCAGGACUCCCCUGCAUGCUGGCGACCCCCUAGGGUGCAUUUCCAGCCUCAACCUACCCUGACGUUCCUCUGCCCACUGCCCCCCCACCUCGGGGUGCUUCACAGGCAACUCGACCUCCACUUGCCCAAACCCAGCCCCAUGGGCCUUCUGUGGGCCCCUUUCUGUCUCCCCACAACCCUGCACGCACAGCUCAGAUCCCGGCUGGGGCAGAGGCUGGGGCCUCCUGCUCAGCUCACUGGGGGGGCUUCCUGCUCAGCUCACUGGGGGGGCCUCCCGCUCAGCUCACUGGGAAGCCCUUCGCCUCUCCGGCAGCCCCACCACGGCCCUCAGAGAAAUGCUGGUAGAGGCACCCUCUGCCCGCCAGCACACAUCUUCGGGUGGAUGCCAAGGUGCUCCCAUGUCCCAUCUGUUGCUCCCCACGCCUUAGCCAAAGCCCUGCCCCAGGGCCUUGGCACUUUCUUUUCUCUCCAGGUAUCUGUAAGGCUGGCUCCUUCGAGCCUUCAGUUGCUCACAGCACCACCUCAGCAAGGCCUGCCCAGCCCCCACACUUCCUGCUCCUUGCCUUUCUCCAGUGCUUCCUCCACCCGGACAGAAGCUCCACGAGGGCAGAGGCUUCGGUCUGUUCACACUGAACCCCCAGAGCAGCUCGGCCUCGACCACAGCGGCUGCACUCGGGAAACCGUCAGUGAGGUUGGGGACGAGGGCCGUGGUCUCGCUCGCCUCACCUCAACACGGGAGACCCAGGGAACAAAAGUCCCAGCAGCGGGACCAUACAAGGUUCACAAAGGAUAUGGAGCUCAGGCAGGGAUAAGCAGAUUCCCGGGAGCAAAGCUGACUGCACUGCUCUACGUUCCUGACCCUGGAGUGAUUUAAAGAGACACCAUUUAUAGCAGCGUCAGAGGACCAAGUACCAGGUACUGGACGUUCCAAGAGCUGGCCCCUGGGGAGAGAGUCAGCACCCGGUGGGAAGGCAUCUGCUGUCCGGUGGCCUGCUUGCCAUCUCCCUAGUUCGGGCAGGGAGCCUUGGAGCCCUUGAAACUCCCCACGGGUUGGGGUGCGGACUGUCGUUCCCAGGAGCUGCUGCCACACGGGGGUUGACACAAGGGGGACGGUCACACCGUGCACAUGGCCAGCGAUCCCAGGGACGAUGCAAUGACACCCCACUGCACGUCAGCGCUGGCUCAGAUGGGCCAGGAGGGUGACACACGGCGUUCCAGAGAGCACGCGGCUCAGCGCUCCGGGCUCCCCAGACCUCGCCCUGGGGCCCUGCUUUGUACCCUUUAUAAUCAAACUAUAAAAUCCCAAUGGCAGCACGUCUCAGCAUUCUAGGAGCCGUCCCGUGAGUGACUGAGCGAGAGAGGUCAACAGGACCGUCUGCUGUUGCAGCCAGGCAGGCCACCACCACAGCCCACACCGGCCGCACGGACUCCCCCGCGGGGACCGGUGCGGCCGAGCAGCGCCAGGAUGCCCCCUGCGGGAGCCCGCGGGCCAGGGCAGUCUUGCUGGGGAGCGAGCCCUCCAGCUGCAGGGCCGCAUGGACAGGAGUACUCAGCGUCAGAGUUGGGUUUUAGCCAACACAGAGAGCAGCAGAGACCUAAUGCUGGACAAGUGGCAAGUUCGUAACUUGAAACUUGCAUCACAAGAAGUCCAGAAAUCCAGCGCAUCACAGUAUCAUUCCUGUCCUGACCCCAGCCAUAAACACCUAGUAUUUAUACAUAAGGGCAAACGGCCAAGAUCUCCUAAAGGACAAAGUUGGGCUGUGUCCCUUCCUGGAAAUGAAGAAUUAUCCUACAGCUGUAGUAACACGGACUGUGGGGCCACAGGACAGGUCUGCACCCCUGGGUGCUCGCCCCAAGGGACAGACGAGUGGGCACCCACCCCGGGGGGGGGGGGCAGAGUGCUGACCACCAGCAUCUACAGCACUUUAACAGGAACCGCAGACCGGGGGGUCAGAAGCAAGCACCGGACUCCUGGAUGGACUAACGGGAAGGCAGCAGAGGAGGGAAAGGUGAAUGCGUACUGUGCACUUGACCACAGGAAGGAUUUCUUCAACGAGACGCCAGAGUACAAAGCCAGCAGCCACCUGGGGAAUGACUGCCGACACGCGUGGCAGGAAACAAAGGCCCCGUGUGACCAGCGAGAGCAAAGCCCAGGAGAAAAGUGGGGGGGCCCCCCAGGCGAAGCAGCGGUCCAGAGGAGGAAACCCAAGUGGGCAGCAUGCGUGCGGAAUGGGAUCCAGCCUCCCCGGGGCGGCAGCAGGCCACCCCACGGCGGGUUGCACGCAGGUGUGGCGGACAUGGGCCAGAACGUUCUCCUGAGUCGAAAUGCCUGCUCUCCGUGGCCGGCAUGCAGCGCUCGCGUGAGCGUUUCGGAGCCUCACGUUGCAGACCCAAGACCUCAGCCACAUGUCUGGCUCCAGAGCCCAUGGGGGUGGCCCAGCAGGACCCCCUCACCAAAGACAACACAUGCAAAGGACAACAGCUAAUAUUCGGGGCUCUUGGCCCAUAGAGGCUGGGUGAUGGGGUGUGUUUUUUUCUCUGUUCCGUAUAUUUUAUAAAUAUUUUGUCUACUGUUUGACAUUUCCAUGUGCAGUUGGGAGCACAGGGACCAAGAGAGCAGGGGGACCGUGGGGGAUGCUAGUGGCAGACGGGGGACACACACACCAGGGGACACCGGCAAUGCCCUGCAGGCCCCAGGGGUAUGGGCCCGCCGCCACAGGUCCGCCCCGGAUGCGCACUCUCC